CGCUGUGUGAGUCAGCGCUGUUUAGAGCAGAGCGGCAACAGAAGCAGCUGCAGCAGUGUGAGACACGUUUCUCUCUCACGAGCGUCAACAAUGCAGAAGAGCAGGAUGGGAAAUCUAAGCGGCUAAGCAAUAGGAGGAAGUGAAACAGCCAAAGCAAAAGAGGAGGAAGAAAAUCAAAAAGAGAGAUCGAGCGCUUGUGUUUGCCUUUCUUCUUUUCAGCCUAAGACAAACUGUCAAUUUUGUUGACAGCAGCAUUAAUCUAAACACAUCCAGAGGAAGAGGAAGUUCACUAUUAAUCAUUAGAAGUGUCAUUGGGUUCAGAACUGAACGUGUUGCAAGGAUGUCCUGGUUGUCUCCGGUCCAGUGGGCGAAAUGGACGUGGUCAGCAGUCACUGGAGCUUCAGCAGACGAUGGACAGUCCGGAGCAAAGGAUAACAGAGAAGACAUUUCAGAUUCUGAGGGGACCUUUGAGACUCCGGAGGCCGAGUCUCCAAGUGUUGUGGAGCUGCUGAGCCAACUGGACAACUCCAGUCACACAGUUUUUCCUGAUGCUAAAAACACAUUCCAGACACAAUCUCCACAGGAUGUUGGUACAGCUUCGUCCCAAGGGGUCGAUUCUCUGAACAACCUUACCAGCUCCUGGACUGACAACAGCAGCUUCAGUUUGGAUCAGAACCUUAAUUUGACCCUCAGCACCAAAACCGGCCCUGAAGAGGUCAUCUCCCCAUCAAAGACUCUUCCACAGACUGCCCGGCCCCCGUCGCUGUCUGUCGUGUCUCCACUGAACAAACCGGAUCCUUCAGAGGUGGAUGACGAGCCUCCGGUGACGUCCGACUCCAGCCCAGACUCAAACUUGACUCUCAGUCAUGACAUCAGUAUGGAUUCUGAUUUGCUCAAUGGCAACAUGGACUCUGACAUUUUGCUGUCAAACACAAAACUGACCUGUGAGCCAAAUGGGUCAAUUAUCACGAACUCCUGUAAAGUAAAGCAGAACCAGCCAGUGCAGAAGGACUUCAGUGGACAGGAUGACCAUCAUGGAGGCCAUGCCACAGAUGAGGAGAAACUGGCGAGCAGUGUUGGGGUCAAACCAGAAAAGGACCAAAACAUCCAAGACUGCCAGGUGACAUCCAAACCUGAGGCAUCAGACUGCUGCUCUGUGUAUGAAGACACGUGCAAAUUGAAGAACAACUUGGGGGGAAGUGAGAUGCAGAAAACGGGAAGUCAGGUCCUGGAUUCCAUCUGCAUCAGUGAGGCAGAAAAACAGGCGGUUCUCACCCUUAUCAGAGAGGAGAUCAUCACUAAAGAGGUUGAAGUGAGUGACUGGAAGAAAAAGUAUGAAGACUGCAGAAAAGAAGUGGAUGAGAUGAGAAAGAUUGUUGCAGAAUAUGAGAAGACAAUUGCUCAGAUGAUUGAGGAUGAGCAGCGCAACACUCUGAGUGCCCAGAAGGCUUUGCACGCGGUGACGAUGGAGAAGGAUGCCGCUCUGGCAGACCUGAACUCAGUAGAGCGAUCUCUUUCUGACGUCUUUCGCCGUUACGAAAAUAUGAAAAGCACCCUAGAGGGCUUUAAAAAAAAUGAAGAGGUUUUGAAGAAGUGUGCACAAGAGUAUCUGGCCAGAGUCAAGCAGGAGGAGCAGAGAUACCAGACACUAAAACUGCAUGCAGAGGAGAAACUAGACAAAGCUAACGAGGAGAUCGCUCAGGUGCGUUCAAAGGCAGGUGCAGAGAACAUGGCGCUGACCGCCAGCCUGAGGAAGGAACAGAUGAAGAAUGAGUCGCUGGAACAAGCCCUGCUGCAGAAGAAUCAAGAGAUCGAGGAACUGACAAAAAUCUGCGAUGAGCUGAUUGCUAAAAUGGGAAAGACAGACUGAAGGUUUCUUUAUGGGAAGCAGCCACGGUCGUCCGUUCCUCCGGCCCUGCCCACAUCCCUACAGCGAUGUCCCGUGCAUGCCCUCAGCCCCGAUGCAGUUUUGUACCCUGUGCCUGCCCUGCAUCUCAGAGCCUGCUUAUUUACAGAUGUCUAAAGUAACUUCUUGUAUAUUACAAUUGCACUACAUAUGACCAGAACCAAGAGCACUCUCUACAUGUUAAUUACAUGUGAUUCUCUUGAGUUUGUUUUGACUUUGUGCCCACUUGGAGGCCACCCGGAGCCCUUAUGGUUUUGUCAAUCAUUCCAGCGAACAAAAGCCCGCUUGUGACUCUACUUAAAUUCCCAGCAGCUUAACAGCUAAAUUCCCAGCAACUCCUCGUGCGGGAUGACAUCAGAUUUAAUCUAGGGUGGAGUUUUAAAGUUACAUUUGGGCCUGUGAUUUGACAGGCUUUUGAGAAGGAAUAUUUUCUAUUAAAGAAGCAAUCCAUAAAAUGUAUUUUUCUACAAAGCAAACAUGGAUUUUACGCUGAAUGAAAAAGGCUCAGGGGGAUUUUGUUGGGGUAGAAUGAGGUUAAGGUUAAAGUCAAGCUGCACAAAACGGGAAGAAAGGGGGGGUUAGGAUCAUUUGAGGAAGUACAGCAGCUCUCAGAGGGUUUUGCUCUUUUAGUUAUGAUAUUGAAACCAAGCUGCACAUAAUUAAUAUCAUUUAUGUAAACAGCGACUUAUCUGGGAUGCUGGACAAUUCAAAAAGGUAUAGAAUAGUAGUCAGUCACUUUUGACGUAAAAUAACCUGACAAUCACGUAAAAUCUUAGUGGCACUGUUUUGCCUGAUCCUCACCAUCCUCGCAGAGACAGCUUCAUCCUGUGCGCAUGAAAAUAAAAUCAGCUCCACCACGUUCUGUUAACUAACCUGUGUUAACAAUCGUGAACAAGUGAAAGGGUGAAAAAUAGUGGCUCUAUAUUACAGCUGUAAUGUGUGUCAUCGGUUUUUCCUUAACAGUCAGUCAGUAUGUCACUGACUGCCCACUAACCACAUUUAUCUCUCAGAUUUUGACACCUUUGUGAGUAAUUUCUCCAUUGCUUAUGUGUGAUGAUGAACACGCCUUAAUGCCUGUGUUUACGCAAUACACUACUAAUACAAAAAGUUCAUUUGCAUGUUAUUUUCACAGCUUUGCAAUUCUCAGAAUGCACAUAGUUUUAUUAACAUGCCACUAAAAACUAGUUGUAUUUGCACAGAGCUGCAACAACUUCACAUAUUUAAAAAAAAAAAAAAAGCUUUUAUAAUGUAGAAAAAUAUGUCUGCAAAAUAAGACAAAUGUAUGAAAAAAAUGCCUAUUGGGAUUUUAUUAUAAACUAAGAACUAAAAAUAUAAGCCUUCACUUUUAGUUUUUCUUCAUUUAAUCCAGAUAACUAAUUCUUUGGUUUUGUAACUUUAGCCCCUUUAAUUAUUUAAAUUUAUAUUUGUGGAUUAGCAAUGGUGAUGUCACACCUGUGUGGAAGAAGUGUGAGCAUUUGUACAUUCUUCCGGAAUAAACCUAAAUAUAAUUGGUUCA